GUGAAGGUUUAGGCCCUGCGGCGCUCAAAGCACUAAGUAAGACAACCGGUUAGUUUUCACCUCGACUAAAUUAGGUUUAUCCCGAGCAACAAUAUGUAAUAUUUUUUGAGGUUUUUUGAUUCGUUUUCGUGCUCUAAAGUUUAGGCUUAUCGAAGAGGAAAAGGAGACAUCGAAGAAACUGAGAGAGAUUCGACAGCACCGGUCCGAGCUGACAACCGCUGUCGCCGCAAGAGAGGAGGCCCUUCGGCCGAAAAAGAUGCAGCCGCUUUAUGUUGAAGGCGUGUGA